ACUAAACUCUACCAGCACUUCAAUUUAGGAAGACAAUCCAGCUAUCCAAAAACAUGAAGGUUCUCAUCUUGUGCACUCUUAUCGCUGCUUCCCAGGCAGCAGUCCUGCUCCACCAUGGACUUGUUGGAACUGGAGCCAGCGCCCAAUACAGAAGCCAGGAUGGACUUGGCAACUACGCUUUCGGUUACAACGAGGGUCAUGGAUCUGGUGCCACAUUCCGCAAGGAAACCGGUUCCAAUGGAGUCGUUGCCGGAUCCUAUGGCUUGGCUGUAGCUGACGGAAGACAGCGUAUUGUCAACUAUGUAGCCGACGCAGCUGGAUUCAGAGCUGACAUCAAGACCAACGAACCAGGAGUUGAGCCCAAAGACCCAGCUAACACUGCCAUCAACAAGGCUGGAGUUGUUGUCGCCGCUGCUGCCCCAGCACUGGCCUACGCCGCCCCCGCCGCUGUCCAUGUCGCUGCAGGUCAUCCUCUUGGAGCUUACAGUUACAACACUCUUGUCGGACACCACGGUCUUGGACACCAUGGACUCUGGUGGUAGAUUAUAUAUGUACAUAAAAUAAAUUAUAAAGAUAUCUAUUUGUGCCAUUGGACUCACGAUUUUGCGGACCUUAAUGUUGUCAGUUGCGAAUAAUCUCGCUUCAGAUAAGGGGCUUGGUUGCCUAGUACAUUGUGUGAACAUUGUCUUCACCUUUUGGGGCCAAUUCAAAAAUAUGUGGAGAAAUAAAAAUCUUGUUACAUAAA